GGCCCUACGAUGGGCCAAUGGGAAGAGGAAAGUGCUUCCGUUGGCCUGGUUAGCAGAGGAGGCAGGAAGACAAGGGCGCAGUAAUUCCGAGUUUCUAGUUGGGUGGGAAAUUUCUGGGUUCACCUCGGAGAAGGAGUAAGGCGGAUAAAUGCCUAAAUUAAACCGCCAGAAUCCACCCUGCAAUUCAAAAACUACAGACCAGCUGUCUCCAGAUAUGACUUAGGUGCAGUACUAAAGAGUUUGCAUGUAUUAUUUAAUCUUCACAGCCCAAGUUAAGGUACUAUGUCAUGAAGAAUUGUGCCAGAAAAUUAUAUUUUGAAGAUGGCCCUUUUCCUCUACUAUCAGUAAUAUCUGCAAGCACCAUUUGAGAUGGUUAUUUCUUCAGGAGAACUGGGUUUCCAGCACUCACUAAGAUGGACCUCUGAGUAACUGGGGACUUGGCCUGCCUUGCCUACUAAGCUUGAUGGAAGAUCAGAUGUAGAUGAGUUGAUUAUAUUCCAUGAAGUAAUAACUCAUCACCAGCCAGGUUUUAAAUUACUUUUUCAGCAUCCCUUCACCUGUGGACUCUUCUAAAUUUUGCUUUUUGGGAAAAAACUGGGGAAAGAGGAGGUCAGCUUUUAACAAGUUAGCAUCCUUUUCCCUCCAAGUUGAUGAAAAGGAUAAGGCCGUGACUCCAUUGGACUGCACCUUUAAAUCAAAAUAGCAGAAGAAAGGGACAAUGGCUCUGAGUGGAAAUUGUAGUCGUUAUUACCCUCGAGAACAAGGGACUGCAGUUCCCAACUCCUUCCCUGAAGUCAUAGAGCUGAAUGUUGGGGGUCAAGUUUAUUUCACUCGGCAUUCCACACUAAUAAGUAUUCCUCAUUCCCUCCUGUGGAAAAUGUUUUCCCCAAAGAGAGACAUGGCUAAUGAGAUAGCCAAGGACUCCAAGGGAAGAUUUUUCAUUGACAGAGAUGGAUUUUUGUUCCGUUAUAUUCUGGACUAUCUCAGGGACAGGCAGGUAGUCCUGCCUGAUCACUUUCCAGAAAGGGGAAGACUGAAAAGGGAAGCAGAAUACUUCCAGCUCCCAGACUUGGUCAAACUCCUGACUCCUGAUGAAAUCAAGCAAAGCCCAGAUGAAUUCUGCCACAGUGACUUUGAAGAUGCCUCCCAAGGAAGCGACACAAGAAUAUGCCCUCCUUCCUCACUCCUCCCUGCUGACCGUAAGUGGGGUUUCAUUACUGUGGGUUACAGGGGAUCCUGCACCCUGGGUAGAGAGGGGCAAGCAGAUGCCAAGUUUCGCAGAGUUCCCCGAAUUUUGGUUUGUGGAAGGAUUUCCUUGGCAAAGGAAGUCUUUGGAGAAACUUUGAAUGAAAGCAGAGACCCCGACCGAGCCCCAGAGAGAUACACCUCCAGAUUUUAUCUCAAAUUCAAGCAUCUGGAAAGGGCUUUUGAUAUGUUGUCAGAGUGUGGAUUCCACAUGGUGGCCUGUAACUCAUCGGUGACAGCAUCUUUCGUCAACCAAUAUACAGAUGACAAGAUCUGGUCAAGCUACACUGAAUAUGUCUUCUACCGUGAGCCUUCUAGGUGGUCGUCCUCCCAUUGCGAUUGCUGCUGCAAGAAUGGCAAGGGCGACAAAGAAGGGGAAAGCGGCACAUCUUGCAAUGACCUCUCCACCUCCAGCUGUGACAGCCAGUCUGAGGCCAGCUCCCCCCAGGAGACGGUCAUCUGUGGGCCUGUGACACGCCAGACAAACAUCCAGACUCUGGACCGUCCCAUCAAGAAGGGCCCAGUCCAGCUGAUCCAGCAGUCAGAGAUGCGGCGGAAAAGUGAUCUGCUCCGGACUCUGACUUCAGGCUCUAGGGAGUCGAACAUGAGCAGCAAAAAAAAGGCUGUUAAGGAAAAGCUCUCAGUUGAGGAAGAGCUGGAGAAAUGCAUCCAGGAUUUUCUCAAGAUCAAAAUUCCAGAUCGAUUCCCUGAGAGAAAACACCCUUGGCAAUCUGAACUCUUACGGAAGUAUCAUCUAUAGGGGAGGGCUGGCGGUGGGAGAACAAAAACAAAAACAAAAUCAAGUUACCAUUUUGAAAUAAACCUCCUAAAAGAAAUUCAUAUUUUAAAGGAAAAAUAACAACUAAUGAUGCAUAUUUGUUAGAACACAAUAGUCCAUUGAUAUACACUACUGCCUACUUUUACCUUGUUCACCUUAACAUGUAAAUCCACAGGGUAAAUUUCUUUCCAGAUGUGGAAAUACAAGAAAAAAAAUUUUGUUGUUGUUUGUUAACUUGGUCCCUUGUGCUCAGUAUCUUCUAUAUAAUGAGAACCAGCUACAUGAGAGUAGCUGACAGACCGGGGGAGUUAUUUAUCCCAAACUGGGCUUUUUCUCUCAUUUUCUACCUCCUUCCCUUGAAUGAGGGUAUGUGGUAGAAGGAGAUCUGGCCAAAUGGCAUAGGUUUAGUUUUUAUUAUUAUUCUUUUCUUUUUCCUUUGUUUAUGGGGUGAGGGGCAAUGGCAGAUUUAUAUGAUUUUUCUCUUAAAUCUAUAUGUGCCAGUUUAUAUUGACUCCAUAUGCAUGAGUAUUUGUGCAACACAAGCACAACUAAGUCUGUAUAUAAACACAACGCACAGGACCCAGGGCCUGGGCAUCCUAAGGGCUGUGCUCCUGUUGCCAGCAGCCCCUCCCAGAGCCCUUCAUACACAUGAACCUCUGCCUGUUUCUUAAAAGGCUCACUUGCUCAUGGGCAGAUUUCCCAGCCUCUCUUGGCAACACUUUCUAACAUUGAAUAACCCUCAUCAUCAACAAAUUGUCUUCCUUAUUUUAAAAUUAAAACCCUCACACUCCAUUUUACAACCUUGCUCUUUCUCUGCAUUAGGAGAUGGUGAGAAGAGCUAGUCAGAUAUUCUUUGCAUUAAACAAACAUUUAUAUUAAUAAAAAUAACUACUGAAUGAGUUGGAUUAUCACCCUCCUCUCAGUGUUUCAGAGUUCUUACAACAGUUUACUGGUGUGGCCUUUCUACAGAAGUCACACAAAAUCCUCUGUGUGAAUUGUGGAGCUAAGAACAACAUACCAUGUUUGGAUAAGGGUAGAGCUUUUGUUUGUUUUUGAGGAAUUGCAUUUCACACACCUCCUAAUAAUUUCUCAUAAGAAUUUUAAGUUACAAUGCUACAUUAUUACUUGCUUGUAGUCAGUUUUGGUUUGCCUGCAGGAUUCGGGUAUUUGGCUGUGUCCAUACUAAGAUUUAGUUGUGUCAUUUCUGUGACAUCCAUGACAGGAUGGUAACUGGAGGUAACUGGAGGCUCCAAAGUUAAGAUUUUGGCUUUCUAAACUAUCUUUUUUAAUCAUAUCCUUGACUGUAUGGACACAGCCAAAAAUAAAAUGUUAAUAGCUAUCCAUGUGACUUUGUAUUUUAUUAAUGCACCAAUAGCUAGUUCUUUUGUAGACUUGUGCUAAAUGAAGGUUAAAAGAUCAGUUUUAAUUUUCAGCAUUCCUCAUGCAUUUCAGUGGUAACUGAAAAAAUAAUUUGUCAAUUAUUUAUUACGUGCCAAGUACGCUUAAAUAUUUUGUUGUGUGUGUCUGUGUGUCUCUGUGUGUGUGUCUGUAUGUGUGUGUGCCUCACAGGUAAUAAAGGCAAUUGGAUGGGGUCUGUAGGAGGAAGACCUAAUGAUCACUUUUCUCCUUUUUGAAAUCUUUGACUGACACACAUUUACUAUGUAAAAGUUUUGUAUUGAUUUGUUAUUAGUGCUCAUCAGUGUAUGAAUAUCUUUCUAAAUUUUUGUAUUUCUUGCCUUCAUACCUGGGCAAAUAGACUCAGACAAUGUUUUCUUGUCCUACUGAUUCAAAUGGAGUUUAAAGUUUUACUUAGGUUAAAGAAAGAAAUUUUAGGAGUUGUCAAGAGAUUUAUAAUUUA